AUGAUAUUGUGUGAAAAGGAAAACAAAAUAGAUAAGAUGCCUUCUCAACAGUUAGCUGUUCAUAGGGCUAGAUUUGUGGAUUAUACGCCAGGAAAUAUCACUGCCCUUGCAUUUUCUCAUCAAUCUUCAUUGAAGAAUAGACUUACUCCCUCUGAUUUAAGAUUGGCUAUUGGUAGAUCCAAUGGUGAUAUUGAAAUUUGGAAUCCAAGAAAUAAUUGGGUUCAGGAAUUCCUUAUUCAUGGUGGGAAAGGUAGAUCUAUUGAAGGCCUGUGCUGGAGUAACAUCCCUGGCGAACCUUUAAGAUUAUUCUCUAUUGGUGGAUCUACAGUGAUUACUGAAUGGAAUUUGGCUACUGGAUUACCCCUUAGAAAUUAUGAUUGUAAUGCAGGUGUCAUAUGGUCUAUUGCAAUUAAUAAAUCCCAAGAUAAACUUGCUGUUGGAUGUGAUAACGGCACUGUCGUAAUUAUUGAUAUCUCUGGUGGGCCAGGUGUCCUCGAACAUGACAUUAUUUUGACUAGACAGGAAUCCCGUAUCUUAAGUAUCACAUGGAAUGAUGACAAUUAUGUUAUUGGUGGUUGUUCUGAUGGUAGAAUUAGAAUCUGGAAUGCUUUGAAAAGCAGAAGUAAUGAUAGCAAUAACUAUGAAAGAGGCAAACUUUUACACACUAUGAAAGUAGAUAAAGCUAAACAUGAAUCUACAUUGGUUUGGUCAGUUUUAUAUUUGCCUUUGAAAAAUCAAAUUGUAUCUGGUGAUUCUACUGGUUCAGUCAAAUUUUGGGAUUUCCAAUAUGCAACAUUAUUGCAAAGUUUCAACCCACAUAAUGCAGAUGUUCUAUGCUUAACUACAGAUGCUACCAAUACUAGCUUGUUUAGUGCCGGUGUUGAUAGAAAAAUUUUCCAAUUCUCUUAUCAUGAUUCAAAAAAAUGGAUCAACAGUUCAAAUAGAUUAUUACAUGGGAACGACAUUAGAUGUAUUGCUUCCUAUCAGUCCAAUGGUGCAGAUUUCUUAGUGUCUGGUGGUCUAGAAAAAUCAUUCGUAAUUACCUCUCUAUCAUCUUUUGCUCAUGGAAACUAUAGAAAGAUGCCAUUGAUCAAUCCAUACAAUAAUAAUGUUUUAAUUAAUCAGUCUCAAAGGUAUGUAGUUAUGUGGGGGGAGAGUCAAAUAAUCAAGAUCUGGAAAGUAGGUGAAAUGAAUGAUGACACAAAUAUUGAAAAUAAUUACAAAUUAGUUUGUAAAAUGGUACUUAAAGAUGAAGAAAACAUCACUACGUGUGCUAUAUCGCCAGAUGGUCAAGUACUUGUUGUGGGAAGAUAUUCAAAUACAAAAGUGUUUUUUUUGCAACCAGUUAAUGAUGGAAGAAAAUUGAAAGUAACUAAACUAGAUAACGAUUUACUGUUAAAAACAGGAUCUAAAUUAGUUCAGUUUGUUGAUAACUCCAAGGUUGUCAUUUGUACACCAGAUAAUACGUUAUUUAAAUUAGAUCUAGAAUCAGAUAAUGAUGAAGAAAUGGUUGAUUUGGAGAUAUCUGAAUUACCAAACACAAAGAGUUCUUUUAAAAUACCAUAUUUGAAUAAAAUUAAUCAUCUAGAUGUUUGUCAAGAUUAUGCUAUAGUGUCUCGUGGAUGUGGUGCUGUAGAUGUGAUUAGUUUGACUACUGGGCAUUAUAAAUCCUUGAUUCGUUUGAUGAAUUCCAUUACAGUUAUCAAAAUAAAUGAAAAGAAGAAAACAGUGAUCAUAAUGACAGCUGAUAACCAGAUUUACGAAUUAAAUGUUGAUAUUGACUCUUUAAAUAACAAAACUGAUAAGAGAUUGGAAGAUGAGCUAAGUGAUGAUGAUGGUAAUAAAAAGGGUAAUUAUACCAAUGAUGACAGUACCAAGAAAGAAGAAGAAGAAGAUAAUGCAGAUAAUGAUGUAGAAAUGGAAGAUAUAACUGAACAGAGAGGAAGUGUGUUCACACAAUGGACUAAAAACAACAUCGAUAAUUUACCAAAGAGAAUCCAAAUGUUAAAAGAAAAAUGUAAUGGUAUAUUUAUAGAUGAGGAAAAUUCAAACUUAGUAUGGUUCUGGGGUUCAACGUGGGUUGCAAGAUUAGAUUUUAGUAUUGACUUACCAUUGAUAAACAAAAAGAAAUCGAAGAAACGUAGUCACGAAGGUUUAACCAUUACAGAUGGAGGCAAUUUUAUGGACAGUAAACAAACAAAUGAAGAGGAAGAGGAUGAAGAAGAAGAAGAUAUAGACAUAGAAAAUGGACAUGAUCAUUACUCGCAUGGCUCUAACAAUAUAUUCCCCUCUUCUAUGAGAACUGGUAAAACUGACCAAAAUCGUGCUAAAUCUGAAUCCCAAGUAUUUUACUUUAAUGAUAAAUAUAAGCCAAAUCUUUGUGUUAAUUUUAUUGGCAAGAAUGAACUCAUAACCGUAGAAAGACCAAUGGUCCUGAUUAAAGCCUCCAAAGCAUUCGAUUUACCAAAGAUAGUCUUUUAG